AUGACCGACCGCAGCGCUGGUGGCCGCCGGAGGAGGUCUAGCAGCAUCCUCCAGGUCUACCACGAGCCCCCCGAGACGCUUGAGCAGAUGAGCGACCAGGCCGUCAUCCCCAACAUGAACGCCAACUGGACAAAUGCAAAGGGGGCCUGGGCUGUCCACAUCGUCAUCAUCGCCUGCCUCAAGAUCCUCUACGAUGUGAUCCCGGGUAGUACCCAGGAGACGUCGUGGACUCUCACCAACAUGACAUACAUGAUUGGCUCCUACAUCAUGUUUCACUACGUCCGCGGCAUCCCUUUUGACUUCAACGGCGGCGCCUUCGACAACCUCAACAUGUGGGAGCAGAUCGACAACGGAGCCCAGUACACGCCCACCAAGAAGUUCCUCCUCAGCGUCCCCAUUGUGCUAUUCCUCAUCAGCACGCACUACACCCACUACGACUCGACAUACUUUGUCAUCAACUUCCUGGCCACUCUGGCUGUCGUUAUCCCUAAGCUACCUUUUAGCCACCGAAUGCGAUUCAGUUUCUUUUCAGAUAUUCCCGAGGACGCGGAAGAAAACUAACGGCCCGCUUCGGGCUGCGCACGGCGUUAUGGGGUUCACAAUACAUACGAGCUUAGGCAACAGGACGUACAGCACACACAUACGAAAGUCACAAAACGGAGAAGCCAAUCAACGACGAAAAGAAGCAGAGAGAAGAAGUAAAAAACAAAACAAAGAAGAAAAAAACUCAAAGAGGCAAAAAAACGUUACCACAAUUGGGAGGUUAGGAGUAGCGGGGCAAAUGGGUAUCCGACACAACAUAGCGAGCAUAUUCGUUCUAUGAUUCCAGCCAAAAUUAAGGUUUUAGUGUUCAUCAGCGAUAAUUUUCAACGGCAGCAAUUGGUAUUGGGUGUCUUUGCCCUUUUCACACUGAGCUCUCUGGGUAUCGGCCCGUCGUCGACGAGGUGGUGAUUGGGGGGUUUCGAGGCUUCGGGGCUGAUGCGGUGGCAGACUGC